AUGACGGACUAUAACGAUGAGGAUGACAGUCUCCCUUCAUCUCCUCAAGACACUGAGCCAUCUCCAAGGUACAUCAUGAUGCUCCGUCGAGAGCUUGCCAGCAGCCCUUUGAGCCCCAACCAACUCCGAAAACAAGCCCAUUUGAGUGAUCGAGCAGCGAACUUAAAACGCAAGAACGAGGAUGUGAAGCAAAAGGUAUUGGAGGUGAGAAGACGUCAGGAAGCGUUGGAAUCCAUGGCUGCGAGCCAAAUGGUGGUUCAGUUUGCUCAAGCCAACGAGAGGAGACGGCGUCAUUUAGAACAGAUCCGUGAACGAGCAAGAGCACUGCGGUCGUACUGGCGGAGAAAACGUGAAGAUCUUUUCGAUCUGCCGGGUGUUCCGUAUCCAAGUGAAUAUUCCAGAUUUGUUUCGUUUGACAACGGGGAACUGGCUCCAGAUAAUGACUCGUCUGUGGAUGAUGAGAAAAAGUAUACAAGCAUCCAGAUCAGUGCAGCUAGAACUAUACAAAGAGCAAUUCGGAAAAAAAUACUAGAGAAAGCAUUGAGUGACCGUACCGCACAGUCUCUCGUCAAUAGUGUGAUGGAUUUCAAGCUUUCAUAUAGCCAGGCGAUAGCACUAUUGACAGGACGACAGUCUAAGUACAUUUCAAAUCUAUUGAAGGCUCUAGGAUUGCCAUAUACGGCCAAUGUCAAUGGGUAUGUGUGGUUUCUCUACUCGAUUGCUCUUAUCAGCGAUUUCCAGGAAUUCACCGAGAAAGAAACGGCCUCUCACCCUGGUUUCAAUGUGAACAUCAACAACAAGAAAAGAAACACUCUCACUAGUGUUCUUCCUAUUGUUUUGUAUCGCUAUGCCACCCGGAUCUUUUACGAGUUGAGACGAAUCCAGAACAUGCCACUUGAGAAGGUCAAGCUGGCAAUAUGCCUCCCAAGACUUACAUUAGCACGAUAUUGGAGAGAAUAUCACUAUUUCUUUGUAUUAUUCAAAUUCAACCAUGCACAAGCCAUGAAGGACAUAGCAGAGGAAGCACUUGAUAUUGCAGCCACCCAGCAGCGAAUUAUGAGGUCUCUAGAGGGUAAGGAAGAGCGCAGUUUCAGAGACCGAAUUCAUCUCUUUGGAAACUUUAAUCAAUUGCUUUCCUUCUCUAAAUAUAAAUCUGUUUCUUGGGCAGAAAUUGGCGACAAGAGACGGCUUUCCAAAGAGAUUCUUUCAAUUGCAAGUCACCUAGACAAGUUGAACGAACGAGGAAGGAAUGAGCCAGAGCUUCUGUAUGAUGCCAGUUUGAUUACUGACGAUAACCAUCUGAAUUUGGUGGUGACAAUCUCAAGAGGUGAAGUGAACUUUGCCAUUCCUCCAGACGUUGCUAUUUCUUCAUGGAGACAAUUCUUCUUCGAGUACUACCAACAGAAACUUCUUGAUAUUUCCCAAUCUAGGUGUCCUUCUUCAAUGCGGUCAGGAUCACGGUCAGUACCGCAGACGCAAUCAGGAUUCAGCAUGAGUGAAGUGUUAAAGUUAUCGGCAAUUAAACAGUUGUCUUUCGCUGAGGGAGAAUCGUUCUUGUCCCGGUGUGAUAGGAAACUUCGUCACAUUUUCAACAGGUACUAUGCAUAUUGCCAACAUAUAGGCGAUGCAGAUGACCUUCAUGACACAUGGAAGAAUUACGACCAACUCUGUUCAUUAUACAUCUUGAGCGAGAUCAAAACCGUUGAGAUUGGUCAAGCACAAUCGUAUUUCAAAUUAUUUAUGUUGUUACUCAUGCAACUACUAAAUUUCGCAUCUGUGGAUGAUUCUGCUGCCCUUGAAUUCGUUGUGGAGAUUGAAAAGAGCAUAGACAACCUACUGGUCAACUUUGAUUUCCUCUAUCAGAACCUUGAGGCAUCACUCAAUGCCAAGUGGGUGUCUCAUUGCGUAAUUCGGGACGUUGACAGCUUCAUUACGUUUGAGAACUUCUACCAGAUGGCAGGUAGCAACUGUUAUAGAGAUAACUUGAAUACGAACUUCCCCCAGCUCAGGUUUUCGCAGUUCUAUCAGUUUGUCUUUAUGAAUUCCAAAAGUAAAUGCAACGCUAGAUUAGCAGCAUUGAUGAUUAUUGGCGGAACUAAAAGCAGACCAAGACAACUGAGUAUAAACGAGAGAGCAUUACGAUUCUUUUCAAUUGUCAUUGUCAAUUUUCUCUCCAGCGAUUUACAUUUUGCAGCCAAACAGAAAUUUGAAUACCACCACGUUGACGAAAUCAGUUUGCUAACAUUGAUGCAGAGUCAAUUAAAAACUCUAACUUCUACAUUUAGAGAUCUUUUCCUUCUGUCAUGUUUAGCAUCGAUGUUACACCUCAGCAAGAAACAAGCUUUUACCUUGAGAAGCCUCGCGGAGAAUUAUGAUGACGUAUGGUCCAUCCAACAUUUAAGCGGAAUGCAGAAACACCUUUCGGAUUUUCAAUGGAAAUAUAUGGUGCAAGCCUUACUGCAGUUAUCAGAGCGCAAGCUGAAGGUUUUUGAUAUCUUCACCACAAAACUCCGCGAUGCAUUGAUGUCUACGGGCGGGCCCCAAGACUUCUUCGACAAGAAUUUUCCCUAUUUUGCUGGUGAAUGGAGAGAUAUUCAUGGAAACAUCGGCAACAUGUGCACGGUAUUCUACGUAUUAUAUCGGCCGAUCUUGAAUUGGAUCUAUUCUGAUUUGGGAUGCCCGAUUGAAUAA